UGAAAACAGAAAGCAUAGUAUAAGAAUUCAUCAUCACGCAGUCCCACAGCAAAUACGAGCAGAAACGUAGCCGAGGCAUUGCGCUGUCCUUUGAUGGCGCAACUGGUAACUUAGCGUAUGAUGAUUCAUUUACUCAGGGAUGGUGCCUAUAUACAAUGGUCCCAUGACGUGAUCUCGCGGUCUGGGCGCGGAAUGUCUCGCAAAAAGAACAGCCACCGACCGCUGCCCCGCAACUCACUCCUCCCGCAUCUUAGCUGAUACUUUUUAUGAUAACUGAAAGCUGAGGUGAGCGUUAUCCUCACGUAAGGGGAGCAGCCGGCUUUCGCCAGAAGUAGGAAAGAGAAAUAUAAGUAUGCAACUGCUCAAAACAAAAGGAGGUAAAGGUGUAAUAAGAGGAUCAUGGCAGCUGCAGAUGACAGUUUUGAUCAGAAUGAUGGCGACGAUUUCUUUCAGUAUGAAGAGGAGGAGACAGGAGAGGCUCAGUCAGAAGCUGUCAUUUCCACCUGUUCGGGUGGUCGUAAAAGACUCUUUUCAAAGGAGCUGCGGUGCAUGAUGUAUGGCUUUGGGGACGACCAGAACCCCUACACGGAGAGCGUUGAUCUCCUUGAAGACUUAGUCAUUGAAUUCAUAACGCAAAUG